AUGCACUUCACCAACGCCCUCGCCAUCUUGACGGCAUUCGCCUCCUCCGCCGUGAUGGCCGUGCCCUCAAACCUAGGCAACAGCCACAACGGCGUCUUCGCCCGCGGCGGAGGCGGCGGCGGCGGCGGCGACCACUCCUGCAAGGGCGACCAGUGGUACGUCGGCUGGGACAAGAAGUGCGCCUGCCCUACCGGCUGCGAGUACGACGAAGCCGUCGGCAAAUGCCACUACCCCACGCACCCGCCCCUGACCUGCGGCUACGGCGAGCUCCUGUGGUGUGCCCGCAGCGCCACGGACUACUGCCAGUACGACGUGAAGGACGAGCGCUGCUGGGCCGACGGCAGGAGCCAGAUCUUCUGCGCCGCCGAGGUCGAGAUCACGAUCAUCAUCAUCGAGAUCUUCCCGCCACCCAUUCCUACCUGCGAGGGCGACCAGCACUAUGACUACAGCGCGAAGCAGUGCGUCUGUGAGACCGGCAAGGUCUUCACCAACGGCAAGUGCGGCUACCCACCCCUGCCGCCUCCCAUCUGCUCGUACGGCGAGAAGGCAUACUGCGCCAAGGACAAGGACAGCUACUGCGCGUACGAUGCUGGCAACGCCUACUGCUUGGCCGACGGCCACAACACCGUCUUCUGCUGCGCUCCUCCCAAGAUCAAGGAGGUCUGCGCCCAGAAGUGGGAUUACUAG